CAGGGCAGCCUGAGAGUACGGCGACAUGGCCACGGCGCUACAGCUCGUGCUGAUCUCUGCGCUGAUGACCGUUCUGAGGGUUUCCGGAAUAGCUGGAGAAUCCUGCAGGUGUUCCUCUUCCCUCUGUAACUGUAACAACAGAAGCCUCACCGUCGUUCCACAGGACCUGCCAACAUACAUCACCACCUUCAUGUUAGAUGAUAAUUUAGUCACAACCUUAGGCAAGUCUAACUUCUCACGGUACCGGGAAUUGACAUCGCUAUUUAUGCAAAACAAUCACAUUGCCAAUAUCCACGACCAUGCAUUUCAUCACCUGCCAAGUUUAGGUAAAUUGUAUCUCGCGGGUAACCGCCUAACACGCCUCAGGUCUGACAUGUUCACGGGGCUGGGCAGUCUGUUCUACCUUUCGUUGCAUCAUAACGAGAUCAGCGACAUCGAGGCCGGAACGUUCAUUCCAACACCACAGCUGUCGGACUUAGACAUGUAUGGGAACAAAUUGACGAGCCUCGGAGCUGGGAUGUUUGCGGGGCUGGGGAACUUGAGGAGCCUUUUUUUGCACGAGAAUGGGAUCAGCGACAUUCAGGCUGGAACUUUCAAUCCAACACCACGGCUGGCACGCUUGUACCUACAGCAGAACAGACUCACAAUCCUCCCAGGAGAAGUAUUUGCCAAUUUAUCACGUCUAAUAGACCUCCGUCUCCAUGGCAACAGCAUAGACACUUUUCCUACUGACGUUUUAUCAACAAUUCCAUCACUGUACUUCCUCGAGCUUCAGGGUAACAAAAUGCUGACUCUUCCCUUGACAGCCUUUAACAUGCUCUCAUCAAUGUCCCAUGUAAACAUUUCAGACAACCCCUGGUCCUGUGACUGUAGGAUGGUUCCCUUCAGGUUAAAGAUGGAAGGAACUCGUUCAUUUGAGUACCAAAUAACUUGUUCCCAACCCGACAGCUUAAACGGAAGCAAGCUUAGAGAUAUCAGUCCCGAGGACCUGAUGUCAGAUUGUGAGGAACCAACCAUACUGAGGUUUGAAAGUGGUGACAAUAACACAGUAGUAGAGGGGGAGACACUCCUUUUGGUCUGUGAAGCUUCAGGAAUCCCCACACCAGACAUCACAGUCAUUCUUCCAUCUGGACUGAAUGUAACUGUUGAGUCAGGUGGGAGGGUGACUGUGGAUGUGGAUGGUACAAUCACCAUAACUGAUGUUACUGCUGCAGAUGCUGGUCUGUACGUCUGUAUUGCAGCAAGUCCUGUUGGCUCUACAUCUGCCACGCUGUCUGUAGAUGUAAAGCAGAAAGAGCCUCCGACUGUAACGAUGGCACCAGCGAGUUCCCCUCCUCAGAUUGUGAGCUUUGACAGAAGCAAAGACAACACACUGGUGCACGGAGAGCCUCUCCAUUUGGUCUGUAAAGCUUCGGGGAUCAUCACAGUGAUUUUCCCAUCAGGACUGAACGCGACUGUUGAGUCAGGUGGGAGGGUGACUGUGACGGUGAACGGUACUGCAGGGCUGGAAAUACGGGGUGCAUCUGCACUUCUGUGCACACAAAACUGAAGCUUAUAACAAACCAUUUUAAACAAAGUACAAGUAUAGAUUUCGUAGCGUUCGAGACGCCCUCUGUCUCUUCAUCAACCUGGUAGAACUCGUCUAGGACUUCUUUUGUCACUUGACGACUGAUAGACGCUGUCACGUGACAAGACAAAGUCAUAAACAGGUCUGAGCUGUCUGCCUCAUUUUUGACAUUUUUGCAAGGAUUCAGCUAUUUCCCGAAAUGAUCCGAAAUGACUUUGGAAAGCGUACUAUACUGAUAGAACCUGAUCUACGUAGCACACUUAUACUAUCUUAAGGAUAAACGGAAUGCUUAUCAUGUCUGAUAGCGAGCAUACGUGUUGCGCGUGCACGGCAAAGCUAGUGCCUUUCGACAGGACGGCGCCUAACCGCAAACUAUUGCAGUUCCACCAAAAUUGCUAGAAGGCGCUUUUGAUCAAAAUUCGUAAAUGUUCCGUAAAACG